GAGCACCUCUGCCGCAAAGAGGACUUAGAUGCAGCGAUCUUGAAGGCUCUGGCUCAGCAGAAGAGUCCUGUCAUUCUUUGCGACCCAUUCCUCCCAGAAUGCCCCGUGAUUGGCGUCAACGCAGCUGCUCAAGCGAUGACAGGAUGGGGGCAUGUCGGGCGCCAAGAAGUGGCAUCCGCCGACGUGCGCCUCCUUGCUGGGGCCAAGCCAUCGGAACGAGGAGGCUAUCACCUUACGUACGGUCGAUACGCUGAAGGUGAGGAAGAAGAGCUGCAGCGGCUGGCAGUCCGCGCUGCUUGUGCCAAUGGUCGCCCUUGCUCCGUCAAGUUCCGGAAAAUGUUUGAGCUGCCAGGCGACCGACCGCUGUCGCUUUGGCUUCAGGGCGUGACCGUGGCCUACGGCGUGAACAAGGGUCCCCUUGGUGGCGGAGCGCAUAUUUGGUAUUUAGUGGGCAUCCUGAGUGACGCACCCGUGGAUGCUUGGGAGAAGGAGGCUCCGUCCUCGGUGGCGAUGGCCUCCCUGAAGCAAGCGCUUCAGGAGGUUCUUGAGGCCCAUGACGCGCUGCCCAAGCCAGGAGACAGCCAGGAGGCUGGGGAGAAAGACUGGCAUCCCUAUGGCGGCGAUGUGCGUCUUCUGAGCAAGCUGGUGUGGCACUGCCAGCCUUGA